AUGGCCCCUCCGAUGGUUCUGCUCGACCGCGAGGUUGAGUUGUGCGACGAGGAGGCGGGGAUCUACGAAGGGCCAGUCCGCUGCUCGUGGGGACUACCAGCAAGAAGCUCAGCCGAGGGCCCGGAAAAGUUGAUUCAUGCAGUCGCGGAGUACCUGCAGACAUUCAAGGCCCAGCCGCUCGUCGCCGAUCCGCCGGAACUCUCCUCCCUCAACAUACGGCCGCCGAAAUCCGCCCCGGUCCCGCCGACAGCCGGCCUGGAAUCGGGCCGCAUCUCCAGCGCAGACAAGCACCUGGUCGCCCUCUACGCCGGAGGCUACCGCCCUGGCUACAGCUUGCCGGGGGGCUAUCUCAUCUACGACGCCAGCAACGACUCCAUCUCCGCCAUCCCUUGCAUCCCCCCCGGCACCUGCAGGACUACAGCCAUGGGGUUCCAGUCGGCCGUCGUCAUGUGCGGCGCCACCGGGGAAGGCGGUUACCUUCUUGCUGAGCUCGUCUGGGUCUGUACACAAGACUCCCAAGCCGCGCUCUGGCUGUGGGAGUCGUCCGCCAAACAAUGGGACGUCAAGCUCAGGGACCUGCCCCUUCCACCCGGCACCACCGCCUUCAACUUCUCCGUCCACUCGUGCUUCUCUUUUGGGGGCUCUUUCCUCUGCUGGGUGGAUCUACACCGUGGCAUGUUGCUCUGUGAUCUGCGCAAGGACUGCAACUUCAGCUUCAUUGAGUUGCCCCAAGGACCUCCAGACUAUGAUGCCUCCGAUUAUCCACACGGCCCCUGCGCUGAGGAGUUCCGUUCCGUGGCCUGUGUUCAUGGCUCCGUCAAGUUCCUCGCCUUCAAUACAUUUGUUGAACGCGAGCCCGGCGAAACAUUUGGACUGGCCGUCUGGACUCUGUCGCCUGACCACUCAGCGUGGAGCAGAAGCUACAAGUGCAGCUUUGGAGACAUCUGGGCUAACGCCAACUUCCAGUCUGCUGGUUUGGGACAGCUUUCUCCGUCGUUCCCUGUCCUGAGCAUCCAUCAAGACGGCGUCGUCUACCUAGUCGUAAAUGAUACCAGUGCGGUGGGUCGUCGACUAGUGUUCAACGCCCGGUACUUGCUUCGUGUCGACAUGGGGAAUAACAACGAUGUCCAGGUCUAUCAACAGAAGACGACGCGUAUUCGUUCCCAGCUCUUUGCAAGUGAGUUCAGUGCGCACCGACGACAGGAGCACCCGAGAGAGAUGGAAUCUAGCGAGUUUGGUGCAAGUGGAAAGAGGAUGAAGGCCUGA